UCGGCCUCGUCAGUGUACGGAAAGAGAUCGUCUGCUACGGUUGCGCUAACGCAAACAGUCCCAUAACAAAGAAACCACUGCUCGCUCACACAAACGUGGAUCUGUUAUCGACUAGCUGUUUGUGACAGUGAGUCGAGAGUCGUGUGUUCACUUAGCUAGACCGUGUGGAUAUACUACAGUAUUCUUAAUUCGCUCUUACGAUGCUGGUAUCUUAAUCAUCGGACAGUGAAUUGUCCGGGAGGGCGGACGAGCGCUCGUUGGAACAGCCAGUAUUGGUAUUGUUAAGCAAAUAUACGCGUGCCUUCUGACGGCGUAGACAGCUGUUCCAAGUGAAGUUCACAAUCGCACAACCAACACUUUGUUGGGAUCACAACGUCUUUGUUGGAUAACAUAUAUUCGUGUGUACGCAAACCAGCAUACAGUGGAAGUAAUUUCAACUUCUCAAAGAUCUACCGGUAUUGUUCGUGGAACAGCUACCUGUUAUCGUGUCCCCACAGGGAUUAAUGAGGCGGAGGGGUCCGGCGUGCACCUGCCACCCCAACUAAAGCUGCUGUAGAUAUGACUGUGGUAUUAUCCAUGAACCCCCUGUGCACCCCCCACCACAGACUUUGUGGGGCUGAUGAACUCCUCAGUUCGCCGGAUCUUACCUUUAACUUUGUGACCUCUCCCCCUCGGGCAGAUACCCCGGUUCCCACGCCCGUGGGGGACUCCACCACUCAGCCAGAUGACGUAAAAAAUGUGUCAAGUGUAUCGGACAAACCAGUCGGUGGGGAAAGUGUGAAUUGUGACUUGGACUCUUCUGAAUGUCGAGGAGUGAAAAGGAAAUGCCCUUUAGACUUAUGUGAGAAUUUCAACGAGAUUGUGCCGUCCAAAAGAAUAUCUCCAUUCCUAAAUACCCCUAAACAGAGGAAGGACGAAAGGAGGAAAGUGUUGCGAAUCUCGAUUCAGAAACUACGUCAAAUGGAUGAUCCUGAGAAUUUUUUGAGACGAUCUGUGUUGAUAAAUAAUACCGUGAGGCGAAUGCAAUCGGAAAUUCGAGAGGAAAAGAGGACAACUUCUGUGUCAAAAGGCUACCCGUUUUAUAAGAGAAAGAAUGGAUACGAUUAUGAGGUUGUGAACAAUAGCUACUUGUCGUCUGCUCCGUUCUGUGAAGAACAUAUUCAAGUGGCAGACGACAACAUGGGGGAUGAGGUCACGGACGCUUUGGUGCAAAGUUUGGAGACUGGGAACUUCUCAACGUCGGAAACCCCCCUCGAUACCUUCACAACAGAUUCACAAAGGGAGAAACAGAUCUAUUCCGAUAUGGACACAGUGUUUAAUAAUUUGAUACGUGCGUUAGGCGAAACUUAGUCGGAUGUGUGUACGGCCUAAGAGACUGUGAACAAAUUAUCGGUAUUGGAUGCAGCUGGCUCGCAAGACGAUGAGGAAUUCCUCGAGUGAGAGUGAAUGUGAUUCCGUGAUGGCGCGAGCAUGGUCGUCUGCUCUAAGGCCCGACAGGCGAAAUUCUCGUCUGCUGUUCCACACAUGCCAACAAUCUCACACAUGCGCACUGAAAGCAUUCUCAGCUUUGUUUUAACGAUUGUGUGUUGCAUGGAUUAAAUUUUGCACUGAGACCUCGAGUUGUGCCCAACAAGCUGAACGCGGUAUAAAUACUGUAUAUAAUAUAUCGGAUUUGUUUAUUUGUUUAUAAUGACACCUGUUCGUGAACCAGCCCGGCUCAUUAAGGACUAAACUAACUUGUUCUGUAGACGUAUUACCGGAUACCACUCAGAAGACCACAGCUCGUUUCAUCAAGGACGCCUCAUUGUGAUUAGUUGAUCCAAAUCGAUUUCUAUCUGAUCUGUACAGCGGAACCUCAUUAAUCGGAACGACCUAGUUUACAUUAAGCUAUUUAUUCUGGUUUCCGGAUUUAAACGUGUUGUGAUUAAAGAUUACUCUAUCUAAACCGUCCCAAUUAUGAGGUGUCCACAUUAAGGAGGUUCCACUGUACGUUGAAAUAGUUCACAUCGAUAUGCUUUACUAUCCAUUGUGACAUGUCAAAUCCUUUUUGCGACACAUUUCAAAAUGCGUCUAUUCUGAACCUGUUCACCUUUGAAGGAUUCAUUAUCAGUCAUUCCAUACAAACUGAACCCCCUCCCCCGGCCCACACCUCUCUCGAAAUAGUUUCCUCAAGAGAAAGUCUUUAUACCCCACAGAUAUAUUAUAAUGACCCUACCUUUUGACGUCAGAGCUGCGUCUUGUAGAUAUGUAUACAAAUAUAUUCAGUCUCGAACAAACGUUUAAAAAAUCCUUUGUGUAGAACCAUGUAGAAUUGUUAUGUCUCAAGAGUUGAAUUUAUAAAGAUAUAUCGAUGAUGUCUCAUAAGGCCUUUUCUUGGGAAGUCAGAUAAUUUUAAACAGUAUAUGGAAUGUAAUCGGACCCUGGUCACUGGUCAGCUGACCACACGAGAGUAGCAUACCUGAAAGUUAACAGUGAUUGUCUCAGCUAAGCGUCAAAGAAAUUCCUUCUCGUGGAAUCUUGCCCCGUAUUUGCACAACAGGUUGGGACAUUUGGAUAGCCGAGCCGUCCGCAAAAUUGUACACUUUCCAGGUGCUUCUUAGUCUCAGCGAGGCACAGUCUGUGCUCUCAGUAUUUUAUAUCUGUUAAAACGAUGCUUUGUUAGUCAAUUUCACAGCUUAUUUGUUAUAUACACGUGUAAGCUGCUGUUCAUAUGAAAUAGGGCCUUUGAAUAUACGGUAAAGUACUUCUAUAACGAAUACGCUUAUGGAUAUAACGACAUUUUUGUCCCUAUUUGAUGUACACUUUAUUCGAAAUGCAUAUAACGAAGUGCGGUCAAAACCAACUUAAACGGUCCCCGUGGAUUCGUUAUUAAAGAAGUUUACCGUAUCAAAUUGUUGAAUUAUUUGAAGACAAAAUAUGCACCCUUUGUUUGAUUAUUAAUCUGCUUCAAUAAGUGUUUCUCCGAGUAUAACAAUAUGUUUUCUUCUGAGGGACAUUUGAUCCAAGUUUGCUCCGCUCAAUUGGCCAUAGAACCCCUCAUAUUUGAGGGUUUCCUUUCGUUAACGUUUAGCUAGUUGAAAGAGUCAUGCGAACAACAGCUGCAAAUCGAUUUUGUUGUCAUCUAUUUCUGUGUACCAGUGUUAGUGCAUAGAUAUCUAGUCCAAACAGCUGAUAUGAAUUUUUCAAGAUUAAUGUCAUCACGGGAACGCGGUAUUGAAGUCAAACGUUUGACUUAUUCAGUACAUGAUGUUAACGUGUGUACUUGUUAAGAGCAAAAUGGCGGCUUACUGUUUUGUUAUAUCAUGUAAGAUGGCAAGCGUUAUUGUUAUAACAAUUGUUAUAGUUUAUAUCAACAAUUACCAAUCUGGAAACAGCGUUCAUUUAUUCGAAAACUAGUUGACUAUCUUGAAAUUGGUCUGCAGCUUUGCUAAUGGAAAGGACUUCUUUUUUAUGUCGCGUUUAUUGGUUAAUGUAAAAUGAACGAACGUUAAAGAUUACAAGUCCUUAAAGCAGCUGAAUUAAUAGCGUUAUAACGAGGCAGCGUUUAUAUUGGGCUUGGAUGUUGAUUUGGUACUUGGCAACUGCAGAAAUAACUUAUUGUUCAUCACACAAAGCGACAUUUGAAAUGGGCGUCCCUCAUGCGUGAUAUGAAUCCCAACGUGUCGUCAUUAUAGCUUCCGUUAGAUGCGAUGUGCCUUUGCGCUUGAAUAUUCCAUAUAUGGAACAAGCAGCUGCACAAUCAUUCAGUAACGAGCUACGCUCAACGCACAAGUUGGUGACGUCACACGUUGUCAACGACGCCAGUCCGUGGUAGACGUGACGCCGAGGCACAGAAUUACCGUUAUCCUUUGAAGAGCAAGACCAGCACAAAUCGGGACCACCUAGUCCAUGCGAACCGCAGACAGGUGUCGCCCUGUUUGGCUUCGCGACAGAUGGACUCGGGGCUGCUUGAAUGGCAGCGCGUCAUGUUUAACAAUUCCAGCGCGGGCUAUCGAUACACCGGGCCAAUGCCAUCCAUCUAAAAGAUUCAUGAUACAAACUUGAGAUCUGCAAGUGAUACUCCCGUUACUAAUAUCAAUUUGCCAAAUCAUAGUGUCUGUCCCAACUGGUAGUUUUCAAGUCGAAAAUUCACACUCUUCAGUAUUGACAGAAUUUGUGCUAUUAUCUUCAAUUGUAAAUUGGAGCGCCGGUUUAUUCACUCAGCUCGGCUUUAUAUCCAUCGGAAAUCCUGUUGUGCCAUCAAUGAGGAAUAGCCCUCCGCUGCUGUAGCACGCAAUAGGCCCCAAUGCUAGAUCAAUACAUUUCAUAUUAAAAGCUUUCAACUGAGAGAUGGUUGUUCAAAUACACUGGCUUAAGCACGGCGGAGGCACGGAUGGUCUCUGUUGAUGGGGGUUCCUGGGACUGGAACCAAGGCAGACAUUUUGCCCCAUGACUCGUGAAUGAUUUGUGAACACCACUAAUGUGGUAUACUUCUAAGGGAGUUGAUGUUUUAUUAACAGCCACGUUGAUCUCAUUACCUUAACGCUGAAUCUGAUCGGUAAGAUCUUAUGUUAUAUUUGAUUAUGAAAUUAGGUUUAAUUAUUAAAUCAUUUGCAUAUUUAAAUUUAUUGUAUUUGAAAUGUGGGUUUACCGGAUUGUUUUGUUUGACCUUGAGGUACAUGUAUUGAUCUGAGGCCAGGUCUUAUUCCUUUAAUUUUAGGCGUAACCCUACCCCUCCCGAUGCCACCCACCCACCCCCGCCGAAUUACUCACCCACCAUUCAUUCCAAGCUUCACCCCCUCUCCAUCAUCAACAUACAUUAUAGGAUACAGAGGCCAAAGUAGCAUUACAUAAGAUACAGACCACAGAUGGCCAAAGUCCAACCGUCGCUUGACCAGUCGGCAUCAGUAACAGAUUGUCUCAACAUAAUUGUCACACAGCACUGGAUCCUCACGGAGCCACGUGUCGUGAACUGAGAAAUGUCACAUGCUCAAUUAUUCAUACCAGAAUGCUUAAAGCUAAAAUAAUGUUUUUUGAUAAAUUGAAAAGUUUGCAUAAUCACCGAAUGAAAAUGACUUCCGUUUUAAUUAUGUUUUAAAUACAUGUAUCAUUAUCUUAAAUACAGAGAAAUUAUUGAUGUUAAAAAUGAAUCUUUGUUUCGAAAAAACAGUGAAACCUUAGCAGCAUGAUGGCAAGGGUGCAUUUACAGCCACGCGAAGAUAAUCGUAGACCAACAAUGGAUGAUAAAUCAUUUUCAUUCAUUAUCUCAGUAGGACAUUGAAACAGAAAACGGUCAAUUGCGUUGCUAUUAAUGUCCCAAAGUCACAGCUAUAUAUGAUUGUAUAUAUACUUUUAUGAAAAAUGUGGCAUAGAUGAGAUAAGGUCCAAAAUGACAUUUUGUACAAUUUAUUUUAUUUAUUUUAUUUAAGAAAUAUGACGCCGAGGAGACGUAUUACUGAAAUAAAUUGUGAAAUAUA